UCCCUCUGCGGACAGGCUCACGGAAGAAGCCAUGAUGGCUAAAGGGAUAGGAGUCCGGCCUGCUGCACCCAGGAGGUGGACCUGUUCCUUUGCGGCUCUCUUGCUGCUUUGCCUGGCUGUCCAAGCAGUCCAGAAGGCAGACCUCAGUGGGGAUCCCACCGUGGCCACCAUCAACCACUCCCUGUCCUUGCUGCAGCGGCUGCAGGAGCUCUUGAACAAUGGGAAUGCCAGUGACACCACCUUGCGGGUGCGCACCUCUGGCUCAGACGAAAUCAAGGUUUUCCACACCCACCAGCUGAUGCUCAGCUUGCAAAGUGAGAUCUUUGAGAGCCUCCUGCACAACCAAACUGUGCUCACCCUGCAUGAGCCACCCGACGGCGCUGCCCUGUUUGAAAAGUUCAUCAGAUAUUUAUACUGUGGUGAGAUCUCCAUCCUCCUCCAUCAAGCGAUCCCACUUCACCGAUUAGCCAGCAAGUAUCGGGUCUACAGCUUGCAACGGGGGGUGGCCGAGUACAUGAAGAGCCGCCUGGCCAGUGAGUCCAACCAGGGCCAUGUGGUUGGUUGGUACCACUACGCAGUGAGGAUUGGUGACGAAGCCCUCCAGGAGAGCUGCCUCCAGUUCCUGGCUUGGAACCUCUCUGCCGUGAUGAGCAGCGCAGAGUGGGCUUCGGUGAGUGUCGAUCUGCUGCUCCUGCUGCUCGAACGGUCCGACCUGGUUCUUCAGAGCGAGCUGGAGCUCUACACUGGGGUCGAGGACUGGGUUGCCACACACCAGCCCGAGGACUCCGUCGUGGAGAGGAUGCUGAGAUCCCUGCGCUACCCUAUGAUCUCCCCCAAUCACCUUUUCCACCUGCAAAAGCAGUCUCCGGUGAUGGUCAAGCACUACAGCGUUGUCCAGGACCUGCUCUUUCAAGCCUUCCAGUUUCAUUCUGCUUCGCCAAUCCAUUUUGCCAAAUAUUUUGAUGUCAACUGCAGCAUGUUCUUGCCCCGCAACUACCUCUCGACCUCUUGGGGAUCCCAGUGGGUCAUUAACAACCCGGCUCGAGAUGAUCGCAGUACCAGCUUCCAGACCCAGCUGGGACCUAGCAACCACGACUCUGCCAAAAGGGUGACUUGGAACGUCCUCUUCUCCCCCCGUUGGCUUCCGGUCAGCUUGCGCCCUGUCUACUCGGACUCUGUCUCUGGGGCCAUCCAGUCUAUCAGGAUCGAGGAUGGGCGUCCCCGCCUGGUCAUCACUCCAGCCACCACCAGCUCUGACUUUGCUGGCGUCAGUUUCCAGAAGACCAUUCUGGUAGGUGUGAGGCAGCAGGGCAAAGUCUUUGUCAAGCAUGCCUACAGCUUCCACCAGAGUACUGACGAAGUGGCCGAUUUCCUGGUACAUGCCGAUCUGCAGAAGCGCACCUCUGAAUACCUCAUUGACAACUCUCUGCAUCUGCAUAUCAUCAUCAAGCCAGUCUACCAUUCGCUAAUCAAGGUCAAGAAAUAGACGGAAGUCAAGGGGGCGAAGGGAGAAGCAGGACAAAGGGGGCAGGGGAAGGAGAGGGAGAGAAUUCCUGCUUGAUUUGAAGACGAGGAACAAAUCCACCUUCCAGCACAAAACGGGAUGGCAUAGGCUCUGCCACAUUGCAACCCGCAAGGCCUGAUGUCAGGAGAGCCUCUUUGAAGAGUUCCAGAGUUUCUGGCACAGAACCCCUGCACCUGCAAAUCUGGGGACUUUAAAAAACAGCAACAUGAAAUUAAGACAAUUGAGGUCAUGGGAAGGUGGAAAAACCCCUCAUCUCUGUUCCUCUUGUUUAUGUUUAGCUCCCUUCCUCUUUAUUUUAAUGAUCUCAGGUAGAAUGACAGAAUCUUUUUGAUGCUUUGGAUUAGGAAAUUCUCAAAAAUAUCCUCUUAGGAAAGGCUUUGUCUCCCUUACCUCUUUAGAGUCUGCCUUAUGCACUCCAUGGCACCCCCACGAGGUUGUGGGCCUACAGGAUUGCUGGAAGCUGAUAGAUGUAGUCAAAGAAAGCAGCACGGUGGCAGAAAAAGCCCAUUCAAUACUAUUGAAAUGUGUUUCUUCUUUUCACUCUUGUUAGUUUACACCUAUCGAUGAUACAGUCACACACAAGAGCCUCUUUUGUCUUAUAUACCAGCUGGUAGGAUCCUAAAGGGGGAGAAUGUGCUUUCUGGACAGCAUCAUACCAACAGAACCCUCUCUUUAUUAAUGGCAUCUGGUUCAAUUGCAAAUAUCUUAGCUAGAGAUGGUAGUUCUUAAGUGGUGCGAGUGGCCCUGUUGCCUUUGGUCUACACACCUACACAACCUUUGUCAUAUCUGGCCAUAAUUUUUGCUGAUUUUUUUAAAUACUAGAAAAAUCCAUAAAAGGUUUUCUGUCAAGAAUGUGUGUGGGCUGCUCUACCACGGGCAAUACCAUCAACACAUUGGCACUCUGAAAUACACAGACCAAUGUCUAAUGGCUGUCUCUCAUUGCUAGUGUCUUGAACAUUUUUCACAUGCCAGUUGCCCUUCUCAGCACAAGCGCAAAUUCUUGAUAUUGAAGAUAAUGCAAUAAUUGGAAAAGAAUGAGUAGAUUCUGUAGCCAUGGAUGCCAGAACAUAGAUUUAGAACUGGAGGAAAGAUGGACAGAUGCUCAGAAGAGACACAUGGGUUGCCAAUUAUGGGGAAGUUAGAAAUGCAAAGCUUAUGCUAUCCCUGCAGGGAAUGACUUGCACACAGCCUUUCAAAUGGAAUACUGACGACACAGAUCUCAGAAUAAUAAAAAAAGGAAACAUACUGGAGCAACUAUGUGGUGUUUUUAAGACAGGAAUAACAUCUUGGUUUUGUUUGCAGUGUUCUUCUCAGGGGAGGCCCUUAGGAUACUUAACUGCCUUCAAGAUAGGAAGUCAUUACUAUAACACAGUAAUGCUUAAUGAGUUAUCUGGGAUGGGUUGGGACGAAGGUGAAACAGAGCAGGUUUUCAAGAAUAAUGCAGCAAGAAGGAACCACAUUAAUUCCUGUAGUGUAGUACCAUACUGUACUUAUUUUAAAAAGUUAUUUGAAAGGGAAUAAGAGGCAUUUUGACAGGAUUUCACAAAUCCCAAAUUCAUGCCACUGUCUUUUAAGCAAUCCAUGGUGUUUGAAGUGCAAAUAAACAGUAUACAUACUAGUGGAGGUUGGCAGGGUUAGAGUUACACCAGUUCAGCAGCAAAACUCAGUUGCACAGGUGGCUGUACACCUUGAUGAGACAAACAAGUUGUUAAGAUACCUUGCUUUGCCAAUUUUAAUCCCACAAUCCCCAACCAGCAGUUGACUUAGGGAAGGCAACUGAAAUUAACAAGAGCAUUACUGAAGAGACUAACAAUCAAAAAAGCCACCUAACAAUGGUGUCGAUCAAAGUAUUCUAUGCUGUUUCCACAGUUUUUUGGUUUCUCAUUUCAUUGCUAAAGUAAUAUAAUGUAAAUGGAUUAGAGUUCUGUGUCUAGUUGCGCUGGCUAUAUGACCAUGGAGGAU